AUGGGCUCGCACGGGCUUUCAUGGCGGGCAGGCUCAACUGAGGUGGAGAGGGUUUCAUGUCAGGCACGUUUGCUCGGGGUGAAGCCUGGCUGGUCCAUCAGUAUGAUUGAUGGCAUCCCGAUCGAGACUAGUUAUCAAGCGUGGAAUGAGCUGAUGAGAUGCAAGAAGUCCGGCAAGAAGUACCAGGUCUACUUCACGAAGGAUGAGGCCUCAAUUCGUGACGAUCAAGCAAAAGCCGAAGCAGAGAGAGCCAGGAAAGCAAAACAGGAAGAGGAGAGAAAGAAACGGGAGGAGAUUGAGCGGAAGAUCCGUGAGGAAGCUGAGAAGAAGCGCGCCGACGAGAUUGCAUCCAAGAAGCAGGAGUACUGGGACAAGCAACAGGCAACCCAAGAGGCUGAGGCCGAAGCAGUUGAGGGUGCAGAGCCAAAGGAAGGUGUUGAGGCAGCUGCAGCGGAGGUGGUGGAGGGUGAGGAGGCCCCGGCGGAAGCGGCCGAAGCGGCUGAUGCAGAAGCCCCCCCAGCGGAAGCACCAGCUGAAGAUGUAGAUACAAUCCGGAAUGUCUUUGACGACCAGAUGGAAGAAAUGCACGGCCUCUUCGUGCAGCAUUUCCAGAAGAACAAGCGAAUGCUCGACAAGUUGGAAGAAGCUCAGAAGAUGAGGGACCUCGAGUUGGGGGAGCUCCGGAACCAGCCCGGUGCUGAGAUGCAGCUGGCGGGGCCCGCGAGCAAGAUAAAUGGGUUGAAUGUGGCUCAGCUGGAGACGGCGAAGAAGCUGCUCGUCCAGCGUGAUGCGGCUUGUCGACUGGCCGAGCAGGAAAACUUUCAGCUCAGAGAGCAGCUAGCUGCAAUGCAGGCGGCUGGCAACCAAAGCUCUAUCAUUUUGAAGAGCACAGGAAUGAAGGCCCCUGAUCCAGUGUCUCCAUCACCACCUGCCAUUGCAGAUGCUGUCCUGAAUCGAGUCGAGAGGGCGCAAACCAUCUUAGAAACUUGGGCCAAUCAUCACCACCCGAGGAUCAAGGCCCCGGAGUAUGUGGAUUCAGAUGAUGAAGAUCUUGAUCUUCCGGGCACUGUGCCACAUCGCAGAGGCCAUUUGAAGCAGGUGUGCGCGUCGUUUCUUCAGUUGCAGUUCCUUCUGACAGGUGAGAGCAAGGCUCCAGUAGAUGAUAGAGAGGAGGUGGAAGAGGAUGAACCGGUGGACCCCAAAGCCGAGUGA